CUCAAGCCCGCGUUUCAGGCGGCGCCCCGUCCCCCCCCCCCCCCCGAGCAGCGCGUCAGUCUCGGGAGACCCCGCCCGCCUGAGGACAUGCCCGGCCAGGGCAAGAGGAGGAAGCAGCGCGUGCCCGCCGGCGGCGGGGAGGAGGAGGACGAGGCAGAGGGCGAGGCCGAGGCCGAGGAGGAGGAGGCCGAGGUGGCCCCCGGCAAGAGGAGGAGGGCUGCGGCCUCGGGCUCCGCCGCCGCGGCAGGGGGCGCCGAGGACGAUGGACAGGACGAAGAACCGGACGAGAGCUGCGAGGACGAGGACGACGAGCAGCUCGAGGAGGGUGACGACGAGGACGUAGGGGACGACGAGGAGGGCGAGCAGGGGGCCCCGCGCAUCUGGAGGCCUGGUAUUGACCAGCUCGAGGAGGGCGAGCAGCUGGACAUGGAGCCAGGGUCGUACGACAUGAUCCACAAGGCUCAGGUGGAGUGGCCGUGCCUCAGCUUUGACAUCGUUCGGGAUGACUUGGGUGCCCAGCGAACUGCGUACCCGAUGACGGCGUACGUGGUCGCUGGCACACAGGCGGAGACGUCAGGCGACAAUCGGUUGUAUAUGAUGAAGUGGUCGCGCCUUUAUAAGACUAACAAGGAUGGCCGCGAAGAGAGCGACGAUGACGAUGACAGCGAUUCGGACAGCGACGACGACCAUGAGGCCCAGCUGGAGUGCAAAGGCGUACCUCACCCAGGUGGUGUCAAUCGCGUCAGAUCUAUGCCCCAGGCAGGUCACAUCUGUGCCAGCUGGGCCGACACUGGCAAGGUCCACAUGUGGCAUCUGGAGGGUCAGCGAAAAGCCCUGGACAAGCCAAGCGCCCAGCCGGCAGCUGGCGCGAAGCCCAUUUUCACGUGCGACGCCCAUGCCGAGGAGGGCUUCGCGCUGGACUUCAGUCCUCACGACACUGGACGAGCCCUAUCUGGCUGCAACGACGGCAAAAUCUUCUUGUGGGAGCCGGUCCAGGGCGGUUGGAACGUGGGAUCGGAGACCGCCUUUUCAGGGCAUUCGGCAGCCGCCGAGGAUGUUCAGUGGAAGAAGACUGGGGCUGGCAGCCAAUCUAUCUUUGCAUCCUGCAGCGCCGACCGCAGCCUGCGCGUGUGGGACGUGAGGGAGAAGGGCCGCAAGAAGUCCGCUGUUCAUGUGCCCGACGCGCACGGGAGCGACGUGAACGUUCUGAGCUGGAGCCCUUGCGUGGGGGAGCUGGUCGUAACGGGCGCCGACGACGGCGGUCUCGCUGGAGGGAAGGAGGGACGGAGUGAAGGAGGUACGAAAGUACGGAGGCAUGGUGGGACGCCCACCGCCAGAAGAUGUCCACAUCCACCGCUCCUCGAGUCCCCAGGACACGACCCAGGGGAAGUGUACAUCUUUUAGCGGCGCAGGACGUAGGGAGGGAGACGACGAGAGAUGGAGGUUUUAAGAUCUGGGACACGCGCAACGUCGGCAUCGGGCCCAUGGCGAACUUCAUGUGGCACAAGAAGCCGAUCACAUCUGUGGACUGGCAUCCCACUGAUGUUGAGUGCAGGCAAGCGGGGGCGGAGGAUGUCGGACAGAGAGUGGGCUUGGCCGAGGAGGAG